AUGGAUUUAGUAUUUCUGGGCCAAAGCCGUAAGAUGACGCUGAUCGCCGACGUAUCUAUACCAUUACCUUCGGCUAGUUCUAUUAGCGUUGGAUCGAGUAGUCGUUCACCAAGUAAGGCAGUUGCCUCUCGUACUGGAUUAGGAGGUGCUGUAAGGCAACGUAAAAGUACACCAGCAACAUCUGUUCGAAAUCGUAACACCGGAACUAACUCUGGUGGUAUGUGGAGAUUUUAUACAGACGAUUCACCAGGAAUCAAAGUAGGGCCAGUACCUGUUUUAGUGAUGUCGCUUCUUUUUAUUGCAUCUGUUUUUAUGCUGCACAUUUGGGGAAAGUAUACUAGAUCUUAAAUUUGCAUCUAAAAAGCGUGUAUUUUAGAAAAUACGAGAAGAAAAAACUUGCAAAUAAACAAGAAACGAUAAAGGUUUAAUUAAUAUAUGUAAUAAAUUUCUAAUUUAUCAAAUAUUUUUAUCUCGACAUGGUAAUAAGUAAGGAUUGCUAAUGUUAAAAGACUUCCUAUCACGAUAAUUAAAUUUAUCAUGCCAUUUCUAUAAAAUGUUAUAAUUUAAUUAAACACUUUUGUAAGG